ACCCCUCCUGAGGAUGGCAGGAGGGGCACUUUCUUAAAGGCGUAACUGUUUUUCGCAAAACACCGUGUGCUCUUAAAAUCCGGAACUCGUGAUCAUCCACAGUGGUAGUUUACUCGCACCAGUGGGCUUUAACGGCAAACCGCAGCCGGCUCCACACAUCGCGGAGGUAUUAUGCUCUUCAGGCUAUGAUAUAUCAGGAGUCAUGGCGGGUUGGCACCGGGUAACUGCCUUCUGUGUCGGGCUUUUAUUAAUGCUGUUGUCGGCACCCAGCUCCGAGAAACCGGCGGGGAAAUGUCUCGGCGAAAAGCCUCGUCCAUCCCCAAAACCCCCGGUCGUCCUCAUUCCAGGAGAUCUGGGAAACCAGCUGGAAGCGAUGCUGGACAAACCCACUGUGGUCCAUUACAUCUGCUACAAGAAGACUGACACAUACUUCACACUGUGGCUCAACCUGGAGCUGCUGGUGCCUGUAGCCAUAGACUGCUGGAUAGACAACAUUAGGCUGAUCUACAACCAGACCACACACACCACCUCUUCCCCACCAGGUGUGGACAUCCGCGUCCCUGGGUUCGGGAAGACCUUCUCAGUGGAGUACCUGGAUCCAAGCAAACGCAGUGUGGGAAUGUAUUUCUUCAGUAUAGUGCAGGCACUGGUAGACUGGGGUUACACCAGAGAUGAUGAUGUGAGAGGAGCACCCUAUGAUUGGAGGAAAGCGCCCAAUGAGAAUAAAGAUUAUUUCUUGGCGCUGCAAAAGAUGAUUGAAGAGAUGGUGGAGAAGGCUGGAGAGCCCGUGGUGCUCAUCGCGCACAGCAUGGGCAACCUGUACACUCUGUACUUCCUCAACCAGCAGCCACAGGCUUGGAAAGAUCGGUACAUCAAGGCUUUCGUCUCUCUCGGAGCGCCGUGGGCCGGCGUAGUGAAGACCUUACGUGUGGUCAUCUCUGGUGAUAAUGACCGCAUCCCAGUGAUCAGCCCGCUCAGGAUUCGCUCCCAGCAACGUUCUGCUGUCUCCACCAACUGGCUGUUUCCCUUUGUCCGCUCCUGGCCCAAAGAUAAGGUCUUUGUCCAGACACCUACCGCCAACUACACUGUGCAGGACUACCAUCGCCUCUACUCUGACAUCAAUUUUGAGGACGGCUGGAUGAUGCAGCAGGACACAGAAUCGCUGGUGGCUGACUUCACACCCCCCGGCGUGCCUGUCCACUGUCUGUACGGUGUAGGCAUUUCCACUCCUGAAGCAUUUCAGUACUCAGAAAAGUUCCCAGACGUGGAGCCCACAGUGUUGACCGGUGAGGGGGACGGGACGGUGAACCUGUACAGUGCCCUCCAGUGCAAACGCUGGAUAGGAAAGCAGAAGCAGCCUGUGACGUUGGUUGAACUUCCACAAAAUGAGCACGUUGACAUGCUGCUCAAUGUGACAACUGUGGACUAUAUUAAGAAAGUGGUGUUUUCUCCGUGAUGCUGGCUGGCAGGCAGACUGCUCUGUUUGCCUUACACUGACACGCGGAGCAAGACGGGAACUGACGUCUCACCUGUCUGAACAAUGAUUGCCAAAUAUUCCCCAUUUAUGCCACAAUGCUCAAGGAAAGUAUUACGGUUCUUUAGGACAAAUGUAGGUUGAUAUUUUUUUUUUGAUUUUUAUAGCUGUUACUCUAAAGUCUACAUGCAAAGAGUUUAACUCUUUGCAUGUAGACUUGCAUGUGCUUUAAUAAAAUGGUUGAUGUUUUGAUCUUCAAUGAGAUUUCUGAACUCUGACUGUAUUGUGGUAAAAUUGUAACUAGUUAAAGCAAAUACUGAAUUUACAGCCUUUUCAUUCCAGCUGAUUUUUUUUUAUUUAUAUAAAUCCUGCCUUUUUUCAAAAUUUCUUAGCUGUAUAUCGCUGGUUGUUAGGAUUCAUGUUACAAAAAGCGCGUGCUGAAGGAUUAGACCCAUACACAUCUGAUUUCUAGGUUUCAAAGAUGGUUGAAUUUGAUAUCUUCUUGGACUAAAGACUUCUCCUUUCCCUGAUUUAAGCCUUCAAACUGUUCCUGAGGGAAGAUGACACACUAUUGGUCAUAAGAUGGAGUUUAUAUCUACCAAAUGGAAUUUAAUGUUUUUAAUUUGUGAAACCUAGGAGUUUUAUCAGUGAAACUUAUCGAUUGGGUCUCAUGAGGACAACUUAAUUGGCUUACAAAACUCAUAAAGUGGCCAAAGCAACAUAAAAGCUACCCUAAGGCUCAGAUUUACCAAUCAAAAAACUCUUUGUGAGGCUGCAUGUAAGGCAGAAAGUCAACUGAAGAAUCAGUGCAGUCUAGACACCGGCCCGUAGGACACAUGCUGCUCUUGCCAUCCUGCUAGUAUGGGGUUAUCUUAUCAUUUAAAGGUGGCAUUUCUGCUGAAUACUAGAAGUAUUUCUGGUUUAAACUUUAAAUUUAUAUGUAUCAGAUCAGUGGGUACCUCAAGGCACUUCACACUGGAAAGUCAGCAGAAUAGAAGUCCAAUAAUCAAACAAUCCUUGAUGAGCAAGCAUUGGAUGACAGUGGAGAGGAAGAAAUCCCCGUUUAACAGGAAGAAGGCUCCAGGUUAGGUUUGCAAAAGCCAUGAUUUGGCUUAGAAUAAAACUUUUUUUUUUUUUCCUUGGGUCUUACCUUCGUUUACUCAAACACUAGAGGAGUCUCACACACAUGACACUGACUUCAUAACUGAUUGUUUACAUUUGUGGGUUUAAACUUUACUCUGUGCAGACCUAUCAAAGGGUCUGUUUUGGGUUUCUCUCAGAGGGUGAGCCCAACCUGGGCUGGCUAAUCAGGGGAAGAGGGACCCCUUCUGUGUCUGCUACUGAAUACACUGAAUGCCAUCAUUUAAAGAGCUAAUGCUUUUUUGAAAUGCUAAGAUGGUUUGUUCAGGACAAAGAUUUUAAUAAAUCCUAAGACUUUUGUAUAUAUCAGGACAGAAUGAUUCAAUAAAUUAGUUCUUGACACCAGAUUUCAUGCUCUGAAGCUUAAUUACAGCCACCGGGGGAUGACUCAAGACCAUGAGAUGGGUUUUUCUUUUGUGGAUGUGAAAAGUUCAAAAUUGGACAGUGUGUUCUGACGUGACUGUAUUGUGCCAUGCUGCCCCUCACCGGGCCAGACCAAGAUGAUCUACUUAUUCACGUGCUGCCUUCUAUUCAUUAAAUUCUUUCAAAUAUU